AUGUCUAUUGUUCCCUACAAUUCGCACAACGAGAUUGUUUUCCACGAUCCGGCGAACGAGAUCUUGGUGAUCCAUGAUAGCCAAGAAAAUACCAUUCAACUAGUGCGGGCGCUACCGUUUGAAUCUACGGAUCAUGAUGCGUUCUCUUCACGGGCGUUGGAGUGGCCGGACUCAGAGCACCGCUAUGGGCCCGAGCAGGCCAACUCUUACUGUCCUCACUGUGGACACUCGUUUGCAGAAAACUCCCGCUCUGGUUUCAGGCGUCGCAGUUCCAAUUCCACAUAUACCGAGCUGGAUCUCCGGAAUUAUGUGCCGCUGCCGUUUUUGCACCAUGACUAUUUCAAGCUCUUGGCCAACCUCCCGCUUGGUGGCCGGUCGAUUGCGCUGUCUGAUUCACUUCCUCUGGACAUCUUCAACCAGGGCUACUUUGAGCGGUUUUUCCGGAAAGUUCCGCCAGGAAUCUUGGGUUCCGGCGCCCAUGCCCAGGUCUACAAGGUGAUGCAUGUGCUCAAGAACAUCCAGCUUGGAGUUUAUGCUGUGAAGCGAAUCAACAUCGGCGACCAUGUCCUGUUUCUUGACCAUGUGCUCAAUGAGGUUUUGAUAUUGUAUGAAUUGUCGGCCCAGGGCGCAAACGAAAACAACUUGAUCCGCUACAACCAUGUGUGGAUGGAAAUGGGCUCAGCAAAAGAUCUGAAUACUAUUCUUUUGAACAGAAACGGCCAGCAGUCUGGUCUAAACGAUGAAGUACCAUACGUCUACAUUCUACAACAGUACUGUGACGGAGGACACUUGGAAAACAUGAUAGCGGGCAAUUUCCAAACGGAAAAAUACAUGUCCGCAAAGGAACGCAUUGAACACGAACGUCAACGCAGAAGAUUACAGAGGGAGCACCCUUCGAUGCCCGAACCUGCUAAACCCCAAUGGCUUUCAGACUUUGAGAUUUGGAAGUUCUGCUCCGACAUUACUAGAGGGGUUCUUUAUUUGCAUUCCCACGGAAUCUUGCAUCGGGACUUGAAACCAUCCAAUUGUCUUCUUGACAAGAAAUAUGCGCCUUCUCUGCGGCCGUUCGUAUUCGAAUCUGCAGCCGACCUCGAAAAUGCUGCAGAUCUGUUGCCCAAAGUACUUGUUUCCGACUUUGGCGAAGGAAAGUUCAUCGACAAACAAAGAAUGGCAGAUCUUUCAUUGCAUGUGGAUGAGGAAAGACGUGGCAACACGGGUACGAUUGAGUUUACCGAUCCUAAACUCUGGGUGUACUCACAUUAUUCUUCAGGGCGCAAGCUAGCCUACGAAUUCACCAAGAGCAGCGACAUGUACUCGCUUGGAAUGAUAUUCUGCUACUUAUGCGCCGGUUGUUUGCCGUUCGAAAAGGAACUAACUGACCGAACAGACCCAGAGAAAAUCAGAAACGACAUUGGAAAGUGGCACUCGAAUCUUCUGCCUGAGUCUUUCCACGAAUGGUUUUCAGACAACGUAAUUAGGUCCCAGGGAGCAUUUAGCGAGUGUCAGCAGGAUUUUAACGUGUUGAUCUACAUGUUGAUCAAAGAAAGUUCCACUUUUACGGCGCAAGACACCAUGGCCUAUUUGCAAAACAUAAAAUGGCGCCGAUUAAUAGACAACGGGGAACUGGCCGCAAUUGAUGAGAUCGAAAAGCCAACCAGUGUUGUAUCGGAAAUUGUGGUACCGCGGUUCCAGUUACCACUGGCCAACAGAAUAUUCCAGCGCCGAAGGCUAUCUGUAUUUGCAUACUUGGUUGACUUGGCACUUCUUGAAACAGCUGAUGCAACAAAAUCAGUGAGGCUCGCGAAAUGUUUGAAUUUGGCCGGUCUAGCAGUGGAAGCCAUAGCGCCUGAUUAUUUGUCACUCCAUGGGGCGGCUAUCGGCGUCUUGAUCACGGCCGUGGCUUGGGGCUACACAAAGAUUGAAUAA